GUGCGGGGAUUAAGUUUAAUGGGAUUAGCCGGUACUCGCUCCGACUAACCCCUUCUCUAAACAUUCUUAGCGAGAACCCCCAAUUCUCACGGGAUUGCUAAGCCUGUCUUCGAGAGUGUUGCUCGCUCCUCAUUCUUGGUCGUCCUCCUCUCCGGUCCUCCUCGCUGGUCCUUCUCGCUGGUCCUGCUCAUCUUCAUCUGUUCAAUUUGAAGAACCUUUGAAUCGUGUUAGGACAUCCAUCUUUGCUUGUCCAGUGCCAAUGGAAAGAAUAUAUCAAUCCAAUCCUUCCAAGUUCGAAUACUUGUACAGUUUGGUGAACCAUGAUGUCAAAACAAAUACUCUUUUCAAGAGUACCUCCGUUUCUCUUGUUUGGCUCACAAGAUACAUGGAUUUUUUGGUAGAGCUAUUUCGGAACUUACGGGAGCAUCCUCUAGAUUGGGUUACGAUUCGAGCUGUUUAUAAUGCCUAUGCCAAGACCCUGAUAAAAUGGCAUGAUGAAAAAAUUAUACUGACUUUGAUUCCCCUUCAUUUAUUUGGUGACCUAGGAUUAUUCCUUGGAAGCAAAUAUGCUCCUGAAAAAGACUUGUUGUUGAAGGUGAUCGGAGGCAAUGGUGAUGUCAUGGGAGACAUGGAGAAAUUUUGCACUUCUUUACUCCUCUACUUAAACAGAAUCACGAGUUUUUGCCUUGUAGCAAAGGUACCAAGUACAUACCCAAAACAAAGAAAGAUGGGGAAGACUAUGUUUGCUCCUGCUUUGGAAGAAUUGGAGAGUGUCAAGUCUGAAUCAAAAGAGAUUAUGACGAAGCAUUUCUUGGAAUCGUGCAAUAAGAUUUUGCCUAUUAUAGCUGAAUUUGGAAAUGUUGUGUAUCCUGUUACUUUUGACAUCCGUACUUGUGUAGUGAGAUUGCAGUAUAGAUAUUCAUCGGAGGCAAUGGUGAUGUCACAGGAGUUCUAGCUGGCGAUGCCCAUGUGGCUCUCAGUGUUGGUGUUGAUGGCCACGACUUGCGUGUAGCAGACAUGGGUGAUGUUCUAGGUGAAGCUUUCACUUUCUAUGUAUUUAACAAGGACUUUUGUUGGUUUACAUGGAAAUGACUCAUUAGCAUUCCUGAA